AUGCAGACCGGUGAUCGGCAGGUGAUGAUAGUGCUGUUGGCCCUGGUGGUCCUCAACUUCUUCGGGGCCUCUGCAUCAACAAUCGUCCGCAGAGCAGAGGUUGCGUCCGGGGGCGCGAUCGAGAUGGCGAUCCCACCGGGGAAGUUGGCACCAGAGUUGGACAGCGGCUCCUCUCUCGUGUUGAACAAAGUGGACACCUGUCAACAGAGGUCGGACGAGUGCCAGGAAAGAUCGGACUCCGGAGCAACUGCAAAGCGAAUCGCUGUCUACACAUAUGUUACGGGAGCGUAUGAAGACAUCCGGGAUUUCAACGUGCCAUGUGUGCCAAGUGGGGUGGAUGCUUUCUUCAUUUUGGAUGACGUGACCAGGACAUCGGCCGGCAGUGAGAAGCUGGACCUUUGGCGAAAGCAUGGUUGGUGGAUCCUCACCAUGCUGCCCACAAUGGAAGGCACCAGCGAGGUUCCUAAGGCCCGCUUCGCUGCAAAAUCUUUGAAGUUCACGCCGCCCUCAUGGCUGUUAAACGGCACAUGGGACUGGCUGGUUGAGUUUGAUGGCGACAUCUCCAUGGACAUGGCGAAGCUGCGGCCGCUGCUGGACAGAUACAGCGACAAGUCCUUGGUCCUCCUGAAGUGGUACUGGAAGGAAUGCCAACCCUGGGACUGCUUCUUGUGGGAGUGUGAGGACAUGCUCCAAAAUCGGAAGGAGUAUGUGGAGACCUCUUACGAGCGCAUCGUGAAGUGGAAGGAGCAGAUGAAGAAACUCCACGAGGACCCGAAGCAUCCUUUUGUCCCUGCUGCCUACUACGAGCUGAGCGUCAUGUUCCGCAACGUUGCGCAUGCAAGGGCCGACGAGAUCAAGGACACAUUCCGGCAGGUGUUAGAGCAAUGUCGCACCAUCCAGCGCGACCAGUUUCUCAUGCCUUUUUACCUCUGGAACUCCUCAUUGGAACAGGACGUGGCCGCAAUUCCCAUUGACAUGUUGUAUUCUGACUUGAAGUAUUGCAAAGUCGACACCAGAAAUGCCAGAAAUUUGCUGGCGCAUCGAGACGUUCAUGCGAGCGACAUCAACGCCACGGGUCGACAAGACUUGGAUGUUGACACCAUGGAUUCGUGGCCGAAUGAGUUCUCUCCAGAGCUUCACUUCGAGCCGCCGCUCACUGGCCACCCUGAACGGCUGCAGUCGCUGGGCGAGUCUGCAACCGCUGCGGCCGAUGGCCUUGAAGAGGCAAAGGUCGCCCUUGCAGAGGAGGAUCAGCAGACGCGUGACCUACGCAGCGUCGUCACUCGCAAUCAAGAGGCUCUGACGAAGCUGGAAGGCAAGCUCGCGAAUCUGGAGGCAGCCUGUGGCACGGCCAGUGAAGGCCGUGGGGCCCUUCGAUGCCGCGAGGAGAACUUGCGUCGCGUCUUGGCCAACAACCGUGCAGACUUCCAGGCCUCAGCAACGAGCUUGGGGAAGAUCCAGCCCUACUCGGUUUCCAGCUCCAGCUCGCUGUUGCGUCGCGCCGAUGCAGGCGAUCCUCUGCAGGCUUUCCUGGCGAAGCUGGAGUCUGUCCGGCUCGGGCCGCUCCAGGAGCUGGAAGGUUCUCUCGGGGAGGCUCAGACGCUUCAUCUUGCAGCCUUGAGCGCAACGACCGCCAAAGGAGAAAAAGAUGCACUGCUGAAGGCCGAAGCCUGCGCCGAGCGGGCUUCAGCUGCAGCAUCCAGGACGUGUAGCGAGCUCAAGUCCAUGGCUCCAGAGCCCGGUGCUACUGGCUCGGAGGCCGCCCUACGACGACAAGCUUUUGCAGGGGUGUCGGUCCUCUUCCAGAACGCGCUGAAUUCCUAUUUCCAGGCACAGAUGAGGUUCCGGCAAGAAAUGGAGGAUAAAGUUUCUCGACAGCUCCGUGCAGCUUUUCCGGAAGCUGAUGACACAGUCGUCGAAGCUGUGGCUGCAGGCCGUGCCUCCGCAGCCUCGACGAUCCAAGAUGCCAUCUUGCGCCAGUCAGGCACCGCGCCCUUGACAACGGCCAGCGCGCUGCAGGCUACUCGUGAGAAGUGCGACGAGCUGGCCAACCUUGCGCGCGCCGCGCGGGAUCUGAGUCAGGUCUUCGUGGACGUCGAGUCCCUUGUGAAUUCCCAAGGCGAAAUCCUGAAUGACAUCGGAAGCCAUGUGGCGUCAACGCGGGAGCAGGUGAAGCGGGGGCACGAGGUGCUUCUGCAGGCCAGCAGAGCUCGCAGUGCUUGCAGAUGGCGCUGGACGGCCCUGAUCCUGAUCCUGAUCGUGAUUUGCCUCGUUCUCUUCAUCAUCUUUUCCAUGGUGAAGGCCCAUCAGUCUCAUCACACACCUCGCGAGUCCAUCGUGGCCUUCCUUGGUCAGGAGCUUUGGAACAAAAUUCCUCCGCUCGCACUGAAGCUUUCCAGCUGA